UUCAAAUCUAAAUUCGAAUACAAAUCAAAUUAUUAUUCCAGGAUCACCACAACCACCGUUUCCGAUCUCAAGUACACCACAAUUAAACAAAUCACAAACGAUGAGUACUUCCAUAAAUCCCAUUUCUACUCCAAUAACGACUACUACGACUACUACUACGAUGACGAAUAGUACCAACAAAAGUAUGAAUCAUAAAUGGCCAAAUGGAGUGAAGAAACCGAUGAAAGAAUUAGAUUAUCAUUCAUUGAUUGGAGUUAAAGAAGUCAAGAGUGAAUUGGAAAACACAUUGGGAGACUUAUCGGAAUGGUUAGAGAGUUGUGAGAUCGGAUUAGGUUUGUUGAUUGAUGCUAUGAAAUGAAAUGGUUUUGUUAUAGAUCGGGUUAGGGGUUAGGGGUUUUGAUAAGAGAAAGAGAAAGAGAAAGAGAAAGGGGAAGAGAAAGGGGUUUAAUGCUAUGUAUGUGUAAUUAAUAAUAUAACUCAUGAUGAUGAUGAAGUUCAUGAUGAAGUUUGGAAUGUGUAAAAAUUGUAUAAUUUGUUUUUUUUUGAUAAUCACAUAUAAAAUAUAUGUCCUAUAUAUAUCAUUUUGGAUUUAAUUUCUGUUUAAUUUUUGUAAAAUUUAAUGAUUAGAUUGAUUUUUUUUUCAGUAAACAAAAACAAACACAAAACAAAAUAUUCAAAUAAUGAGAAUAAUGAGAUUGUAAUGAAUUUAUCUUUGUUUUUGAUU